UUUCUAUGAUCCAGAUAAUCAACAUUAUUCAAAUGAUUUGUGUUGUUGAAUAAGUUAUUUUUUUGUUUUAACUUCCUCUUCUUCUACGAUGUUAUCAUCAGCAGUUCUAUGACAUUAUAAAAUUGUCAUAACUAUUUGACAUCUAUCAUGUAGAGAAAGAAAAGUGUUCAAUUGAAGAACAAAAGAAACAUCUACCUUGAUAUAAUGGCAGGUGGAGCUUUAGUUUCUUCAGGAAAUGGAAAGCAAUUUGAGGGAAAGGUCACAGCAUUUGUGUUGGUCACAUGUUUUGUGGCAGCCAUGGGAGGUCUGCUUUUCGGUUACGAUCUCGGCAUCACAGGAGGAGUGACUUCCAUGGAACCAUUCUUGAUCAAAUUCUUCCCCGGUGUUUACAAGCAAAUGAAAGAUGAAUCAGGACAUGAGAGCCAAUAUUGCAAAUUUGAUAAUGAGCUUCUUACUUUGUUCACAUCUUCUUUAUAUCUCGCAGCUUUAGUAGCUUCUUUCUUUGCUUCCACCACCACAAGAAUGCUUGGAAGAAAGGCAUCCAUGUUUGCAGGUGGCUUGUUUUUCCUUGUUGGUGCAUUGUUGAAUGGUUUUGCUGCCAACAUUGAAAUGCUCAUCAUUGGUCGCCUAUUACUUGGUUUUGGUGUGGGAUAUUGUAACCAAUCUGUUCCAGUAUAUUUGUCUGAAAUGGCUCCAGCAAAGAUUAGAGGUGCACUUAACAUGGGCUUCCAAAUGAUGAUCACAAUUGGAAUCCUAGUAGCAAACCUUAUCAACUAUAAGACUGCCAAUCUUGAAAGUGGAUGGAGAAUAUCUUUGGGUAUUGGAGCUGUUCCCGCUGUCAUGUUGUGUGUUGGGUCAUUUUUCCUAGGUGACACACCCAACUCCUUAAUUGAAAGAGGCCAAACAGAAGCAGCCAAGACAAUCCUGCAAAAGAUUCGCGGCAUCGACAACGUUGAUGAGGAGUUCCAAGAUAUGAUUGAUGCAUGUGAAGAAGCCAAGAAAGUAGAACACCCAUGGAGGAACAUCACGCAGCCAAAAUACAGACCUCAACUCACUUUCUGUUCUUUAAUUCCAUUCUUCCAGCAACUCACCGGCAUCAAUGUCAUCAUGUUUUAUGCACCUGUCCUGUUCAAGACUUUGGGAUUCGGCAAUGAUGCGUCCCUCAUGUCCGCGGUUAUCACCGGAGGCGUCAAUGUGCUUGCUACUUUUGUUUCCAUCUUCACUGUGGACAAGGCUGGAAGAAGGAUUUUGUUCCUUGAAGGUGGUGCACAAAUGUUAAUUUGUCAGAUUGCUGUUGGAAGCAUGAUUGCCAUUAAGUUUGGUGAGAGUGGUGAUGGAUCAUUCACCAAAGGAGAAGCCAAUCUUCUAUUGUUCUUUAUAUGUGCAUAUGUUGCAGCAUUUGCAUGGUCUUGGGGUCCAUUGGGGUGGUUAGUUCCCAGUGAAGUUUGCUCUCUUGAGGUUCGAUCUGCGGGUCAAGCUACCAAUGUUGCUGUGAACAUGUUGUUCACCUUUGCCAUUGCUCAAGUUUUCCUCAGCAUGUUAUGCCACUUGAAGUUUGGCCUUUUCUUCUUCUUUGCUGGAUUUGUGCUCAUCAUGACCAUUUUCAUUGCCUUGUUUUUACCUGAGACGAAGAAUGUCCCAAUUGAAGAGAUGAAUCAAGUGUGGAAGUCACAUUGGUUUUGGAAAAAGUUCAUCUCUGAUGUUCCUACCGUUUAGAGUUGUAUAUUUUCAUAAUUUCAUUUAUCUCAUUCUGGUUUCUCACGAAAUCGCUUGUAGUUAAGCAAUGUGUUUUAUUCUUCUAACAACUAGAUGUUGAAGCGCACACAUUGAUAUAAUGAGUUUUGUGUUAAAUAAUUAUUUUAAAAUAUGAAAUGCAAACUUUAUUACAAUAUAAUUAAUGGUGAUGGAAUAUUAUUAUGUGA